AUGCAGCGGCUGCAGGUGGAAGCGGCGGCGCUGGAAGAGUACGCGGAGUACCGGCGAAUUGUAGGUGAUGAUGAUGGAGGAAAGCUCUUUACUCCUGAGGAAUAUGAAGAGUACAAAAGAAAAGUAUUACCAAUUCGGUUACAGAACAGGUUGUAUGUGAGCUGGAGAUCACCAACUGGCAUGGACUGUAAGCUUGUGGGACCAGAGACCCUGUGCUUUUGUACUCACCGGUAUAAACAACACAAAACGGACUAUGAAGUGAUUCCCAAAGACCGUCCUAUUUGUGUGCCCUGCAGAGUGAGCCAUUGUCCAUGCCAGUCCUAUCACUAUGUCCCUCUAAAUGGCACACAGCCCGUCCGUUGUAGAUGCAAACACUUUGCUGAUCAGCACAGUGCAGCACCUGGAUUUUCAUGUAACUCUUGUUCCAAGUGUUCAGGCUUUCAUAGUUGCUUUACCUGUGCAUGUGGUCAGCCAACAUACGCUCAUGAAACAGUUGUGGAAACUAAACAAGAGCGCUUAGCCCAAGGAAAGCCUGUGGGGCAGGAUGUUCCUUAUGCUGCUAUGGGAGGAGUGACUGGUUUUAGUUCACUGGCAGAAGGCUACAUGAGACUUGAUGACAGUGGAAUAGUGGCUCCUCCUGCUGAACUUUUAGAAUCCCCUGUUACCAGCAUGGAUCAUCCAUUUCUGAAAGUGUUUCAGGGACCUACGUCUGCUCAAACCAUCUCAGAGAUAGGUGGCACAAGGCAAAUUUCUCAUGGAAAGCAUUCAGAAGAUGAUAACAUGGCUUACUUUGAAAAACGUUAUCAAGAACAGCUGAAAAAGGAGAAGGCUGCUAAACGGAAGGAGAAAAGUCCAGUGCCAUCCAAGAAGCCAUGA